CUGUUUAACUUUGAGCGUGUGUGUAUGUUUGCAUGCAGUGAGUGUUGGUUUGUUCUAAUCAAAUCACUCUCACAGUGUUUUAAAUGGUUGAGUGUAGGCACUCAUGUUUGAGCAUGUCUCUAAUGAGCUCCUACUGUAUGUUGUUGAUAGUUUUCACUUCCUCUUACAGUACAUUGUCAUUUUAAAAUGCCCUUAUCAUCAACCAAAACUGCACCCCCCUUCAUACUGUUUAGAAUCACAUCAGUCUUUUUUUUUUUUACAGUUGUAGUUAAUUCUGCAGAACAGUUUGCUCCACAUUGCCUUUAGCAUUUCCGCAGUAGUCAGCACUGUCCUGUUUUAUUUUGAGUUAAACCCUCAAACCGUUUUGAUUUACGAAAAGCAGUACAGAAAAUCCCACUCAUGGAGACCAGACUGAGCACUGGAAUUAUGCGGAGAAGUAUGAUGUUAGGGUUUAAGUAGGCUACCUGCAACUGGGGAUUUUUUUUCUUUUCUUUUCUUCUUAUUCUUUACACUUUUUUGGACACCUUUUUUGAAUUUUUUUUUAUUUAUGUUAAAAACCGGCAGCUGUAACAAAUGUUACAGGAUGCCUUAGUGACCCCUUUUUUCCACUUUUUUUUUUUUUAUUAAAUUAAUGUUAAAAAAUCAACAUCUUUGAGACAUUAAAAUCUGUUACUGCAUUGAUAACAAUAUAGGUGUGACAAUAGAAUAUGAUGCCUGAAAAUUCAUCAAAAUUGGUCUCUUCUGAAACCGCAGUCAGUAAUAAAAUGAAAAAUCACAAUGUUACAAACACAAAAUACCAUCAGAAUAUAAAAUUGACACAUGACGAUAAACACAAAGCAUAAAUUGAUGCAUAAACACUAUAUUGUCCGUAACUGAAUACAAAAAUAGAUUCUAAAUGAAAAAUCCCCCCCAAAAAUUUGAUUAUUCAUGCAUUCAUUCAUUUCCCCAUACUAUAAGGCAAUACAUUUUGCUUGUCAAAAACGUAAUUUUGCUUUUUUCGGGUUUUUUUACAGUAAAAUAACAUGUAUUGUCUUUUAAAUUUUUAAGUAGGCUUAUAUGGUGAGGUAACUUACAGCAGGUUUUUAGCUACUGUACUGUUGUUUUCCUCUGUUAAAAUGACUGAUAUUUUUACAAACACUGAGUAAAGCAAAUUUGUAAAAAGUGGGAUUACAUGUAGGCUAAUGGAGUAUUGCUUUGCGGAGCUGCUUGUAGACUACAUUGUGAAUUUAAACAAUAGGCCUACUACUAGCCUAUAUUGUUGUGAUUAUUAUUAUUAAACGAAGAAAAUAAUUAGUAAUUAGAGAUACCGUGAUAAAAAUUAUAAGCAUUUGUCACACUUUCCAUGUAGCCUAUUUAUACUUGCCAUACCAUAUAAAUUGCCAAUCACUCUGAGCAUCUCUCUCUCUCUCUCGCUCGCUCUCUCUAUGUUGGUGAGCUAAAGCGCAGAGAGCGGCAGCGGCACUAUUCAGUCACUGCUGACAGUGGAGGGUCUCAGCGCUCCUCUCGGGAUAUUCUUCAGUUCGUCUUUUGAGCGCUUUUCCUGUCUCCAGUCCUGUCUCUCCUCCUGUCUCCAGACCUGUCUUCCCCCCGCGCUCCUUUAAUCCGUGUCGCAGUGAGAGAAAGGGAGAAAGGAGAAGAGGGCGCGGAGAGAAUAGCGAACCGGUCCCCGCAUCAUUCCAGAUGGCUGCCUCUGAAUCAGUGAAUGAGAUUGGGCGCUCGGGUUCAGAGCUGUAAGGAGCUGGUGUUCCGGAGAGAGGCGGCUCUGGUGUGACAGCUUCCCGCUCAGCUUCAGGUUCGGCUCAAGGUUUGUUGGGGGUCAGGAGAAACCUCAGGACAUGGAGGGUUGCUAGUUGGGUGAAGGAUUCAUUUCGGGAACAGCUGGUGUCAUAGGCUGAACAUUGGGCCUCAUUAUCAACCAAAAGCGGCCUGUCUUGGAAGUGAAUUUGCCAGUUUUGUGAGAUGGUCACAUGACUGCAGCAUGAUUUUCAAAAAAGCCAAUUUGCAGCUUUAGCCCGCCUCAGUGAUCAAUCAGAGACUCCCACCCACACACACUCCCACACAUGUGCUCCGUUUGCCAUGAAUCUGGCCACCAAGCUGCGGAGGAAUCUGAGGAGGCUGGUCAUCCUCCUCGCCACCUUCUGUAUGGUCAGCGUUUUAAUCUCCGCCUACUACCUUUACACAGGCUCCACCCAAGAACUGGAUCUCGCGGACCGCGCCAUAGGUCCAGACUGUGCUGACCUCCGGGCCCUUCCUAUCCGACAGUCAGAACCUCGGACGCCAAAACCAAUCGAUCCGUCACGUAAGGAUCCGGUGGUGCUGGUAUUUGUGGAGAGUCAGUAUUCUCAACUGGGACAGGACAUCAUCGCCAUUCUAGAAUCCAACCAAUUCCGUUACCACGCUGAAAUUGCGCCGGGGAAGGGUGAUAUUCCACCUCUAACGCACAAAGGCCGUGGGCGCUAUGCACUGGUCAUCUACGAGAACCUUCUUAAGUAUGUCGGGAUGGAUGCAUGGAACCGCGACCUGCUGGAUAAAUACUGUGCCGAAUACAGCGUUGGCGUCAUUGCAUUUCACCGUGCAAGUGAAAACUCCCAGCCUGCACUGCAGCUGAGGGGUUUCCCUCUGACAUUGCGAACGAAUGUUGCACUUCGAGACUGUUGCGUAAACCCACGCUCACCUUUGCUCUACAUAACACGGGCAGAAGUGGAUCGAGGGCAUUUACCAGGAGAAGACUGGACUGUGUUCCAGUUCAAUCACUCCACGUAUGAACCAGUCCUAUUGGCUAAAUCUCGGCCCAGCGAGAGUGGGGCAGCCCAGAUGAUCCCAGGUCCCCAGGGUCUCCAUGCUACCGUCGUGCAGGACUUGGGUCUGUAUGAUGGGGUGCAGCGUGUGCUGUUUGGACAUGGGCUGAGCUACUGGUUACACAGACUCAUACUGGUGGAUGCCAUCGCUUAUCUCACAGGCAGGAAGCUGUCCCGAUCUCUGGAACGCUACAUCCUGGUUGACAUAGAUGACAUUUUCGUGGGGAAGAAAGGGACGAGAAUGAAUGUGAAUGACGUGAAGGCACUUCUGGAAACACAGAACACAUUGAGGUCUUAUGUCUCUAACUUCACCUUUAACCUGGGAUUUUCUGGGAAGUUCUUCCAUACAGGUACGCAGGAGGAAGAUGAUGGAGAUGAUCUGUUGUUGAAAUAUGUUGAUGAGUUCUGGUGGUUUCCUCAUAUGUGGAGUCAUAUGCAGCCUCAUCUCUUCCACAAUGAAUCCUCUCUGAUGGAACAAAUGAUCCUGAACAAAGACUUUGCUUUGGAGCAUGGUAUUCCUGUAGAUCUGGGAUAUGCAGUGGCCCCUCAUCAUUCUGGUGUAUAUCCAGUCCAUAUUCAACUGUAUGAGGCUUGGAAGAAAGCAUGGGGGAUACAAGUGACCAGUACAGAGGAAUAUCCACACCUCAAACCUGCACGCCACCGCAAGGGAUUCAUUCAUAACAACAUUAUGGUGCUGCCCCGUCAGACAUGUGGCUUAUUCACACACACCAUCUUCUAUAAAGAGUAUCCAGGAGGCCCUAAAGAACUGGACAAAAGCAUACGAGGAGGAGAGCUGUUUCUGACCGUCCUGCUCAACCCUAUCAGUAUAUUUAUGACUCAUCUCUCCAACUAUGGGAAUGACCGCUUGGGAUUAUAUACAUUCACUAAUUUGGCUAACUUCCUGAAGUGCUGGACCAACCUGAGGCUACACACACUUCCUCCCCUGCAGCUUGCACACAAGUACUUCACACUCUUCCCGGAGCAGAGGCACCCGCUGUGGCAGAACCCAUGUGACGAUAAACGGCAUAAGGACAUCUGGUCCAAAGAGAAGACCUGCGACAGGCUGCCCAAGUUCAUGGUGGUCGGGCCUCAGAAAACAGGCACGACAGCGCUCUACCUCUUCCUGAUCAUGCAUCCCUUCAUCUCCAGCAACUUCCCCAGUGUGAAAACAUUUGAGGAAGUUCAGUUUUUCAACACCAACAACUAUCACAAAGGCAUCGACUGGUACAUGGAGUUCUUUCCCGUACCCUCUAAUGUCAGCACAGAUUUCCUGUUUGAGAAAAGCGCAAAUUACUUUCCUUCUGAGGAGACGCCCAAACGAGCUGCUGCUCUCCUGCCUAAAGCCAAGAUCCUUACUCUGCUGAUCAACCCUUCAGACAGGGCGUACAGCUGGUACCAGCAUCAGAGGGCUCAUGAAGACCCAGCAGCAUUGCAGUUCAGUUUCUAUGAGGUCAUUUCAGCAGACCAGCUCGCUCCACCUGAGCUGCGCUCCCUCCAGAACCGCUGCCUCGUACCUGGACUCUACGCCACACACCUGGAGAGAUGGCUCACGUACUACCCUCCAAACCAGCUAAUGAUUAUUGAUGGACAGCAACUGAGGAAUGACCCAGCAAAAGUGAUGGACGAGCUUCAGAAAUUUCUGGGUGUCACUCCUUAUUACAACUACUCACAGGCACUCACGUUUGAUCCUCAGAAGGGCUUCUGGUGUCAGCUGUUGGAAGGGGGCAGGACUAAGUGUUUGGGGAAGAGCAAAGGCCGCAAGUACCCACCCAUGGACUCUGAGUCACGAGCAUUUCUCUCCAGAUUCUACAGGGAUCAGAACAUUGAAUUAUCUAAGCUGCUGCACAGACUGGGUCAGCCGCUACCAGCCUGGCUCCGGGAGGAACUACAGAAGGUCAGGUAGCCCUAACCAAACCACCGCUCCUCCGGGUCAGAGAUCCAGGUUCAACCCUCAAAGAAACCAGACACUUGAACAGUACUCAAUGCCACCAAACUGCAAGAUUGCAAAGCAAAAGUCAAAAAUUCAACUCACCAUUCAUUGGUGCCUCUGGAAAUCCAAACAAAGCAGUAUGAUGUGUCCAUGGCAACAUUACUUUUUUGUUGCAAAAGGUCAGAUUUUGUCAGUGAGAUACGGUGAUGUAACUGUGACCCUUGAACUUCAGAUGCAGCCAAACAGAGACUGCAUAAAACCUGCGUAACUGAAAAUGUAAACCUCCACAGACUUCCUGCUAUAUUUACUGUCCCCCCAUCAGACACUGGAUAUAAAGGUACGGCUUUAGAUUUUAUACGUCAUCAUUGAGGAAUUUAGAACUGCACAACCACUGUUCAUAACCUCACUCUUGCAAAUCUAUCAGUCAAUCAAAGUGAAGAUGCAAAAUGUUAAGAAUCAAUAUGGAAAAAUAAAGAGCACAGUCAAGUUUGCUGCGUCAGCUUUAAACCGGUCAAUGGAGUGAUGUCAUUGUGAUGUCAAUGUCUCAAUCCAUGUCCCAGCUACUGUUAUUAUAGACACAAUGGCCUGAAGAGUGGAAAUCAUUUCAGUUUGUGUAUGUGUGUGGGUGGGUGUGUGUAAGGGUAAAUACACAGAAACCCUUGCAUGUGUGUGUGUGUGUGUAUGUGUGUGUGUGUGUGUGUGUCUAGGUAUAUCUCUGUAGCCAGGUAGCCUUAGCCCCGCCCACUGGACUGCAACUGGUUGGCUGAUGAAUUUGAAGUGUGACUUUUAUUUUUGAAAACAAUUUGCCUCAAUAUGAAGAGAAAGUGCUUUGAGAAAUAUGUAAAUAACUAUAUAUAUUCAAUAAACACUGGAGAGAUUCAUGUUUCUGUAAAACA